AUGGCUAAAAUGUUCUACUGUUGGCUGUCCUUCUUCUGCCAGUUGUGGAGCCUGCAGGCGCUCAGCUUGGAGUCGCUGAUUGCCCAGAGCAGCAUCUACUAUCAGAUGGAUGCCUCGGAGCUGUUGCUGCAACAUGUUGAACAGUUGACUUCGGUGGAGUCCCUCAAGUUAAUUGUGCACGGUUUUGUUGGAUCUCGUAGUCACGGCUCCAUAAUGCCGCUCAAAAAUGCCUACAUGGCUCAGGGAUUUGAGAAUAUUAUGAUUGCCGAUUGGUCGCCCGCUGCCAACUUGGAUUAUCCCAGUUCUCGGCGAGCUGUGGGCAAAGUGGCUUUGGUGUUGGCCAAGCAGCUGGAACAGUUUCUGGCCAAGCACAACGUAACGAAUGAAGCGGUGCACAUUGUCGGCCAUAGUCUGGGUGCCCACAUUGCUGGGCGAAUCGGUGUCUACUUCAAUGGAACUCUGGGUCGCAUUACGGGCUUGGAUCCCGCCCUGCCCCUCUUCACCCCCCGCUCCGACGACAGCCUGCAGGCGAUUGCUGGCCGCUUUGUGGAUGUGAUCCACACGGAUUACCCGGUCUUUGGUGAUCGCACUCCGCGUGGCACCGUCGACUUCUAUCCCAACUUUGGACGUGCCCCACAGCCGGGUUGUGAGGAGGUGGAUCUUCUGUCGGCCAGUAAGCUCAUCCUGGAGGCUUACAGCUGCAGUCACAAUCGUGCUGUCCUCCUCUAUGCGGAAUCCAUCGGGUUGCCCAAGAGUUUUCCAGCCAUUUCCUGCAGCUGGAAAUCGAUCAGAAGCAGCAAAAGCUGCUCACAGAAUAUAAACACUACACAUCUGGAAACAGCCAUUAAUAAUAUGGAUGAUGAUCAGGUGGUUUACAUGGGUGAACAGGUGUCACGCAGCGUCAUCUCUUACUAUUAUUUGGAAACCAAUGCAGCGCCACCUUUUGGCCAAGGCGUGCGCGCCAAGUUUGAUUAACUCGAAACUUGGCAUGAAUGCGGACUGCAGCUUACAGCAUAUGAACUGUAGAUGGCGGUGUUCGGUUGCAAAAUUAAAAAUGA